ACCAAACUCUUGAUAUGCCACGUUAUAACUAUUCGCGGGCUGUUCUCCGUUUCCUUUCUUUCUCUAAAGUGGCCGCUUCUCUUCUCUCAUAACCAGAGACCAGAAAACCUUGACCUUAAGUUGACUCACCGGCUGUAGAUUUGAAUUUGUUGAUAGUUGAGGAGUUUUGUGACUGUUGAAAAUGGAUAUUGAUUCUGAUUUUGACAAAUUGAAUAUUAAGUCAGCGGAUGCUGAUUUUGACAAAUCAAAGAACACUAUGGAUGGAAGUUCGUCUAUGCAGUUAGAUUCAGAGGAGCUUUCUGAAUCAAUGGAUAAAUUGAAUAUUGAUCAGUCUUCGUCCAGACAAGCUGGUUCUUCCUCAACAAACUUCAAAAGAAAACCAGUUGUCAUUAUUGUCGUAGGGAUGGCAGGAAGUGGUAAAACAACUUUUCUUCACAGAUUGGUUUCCCAUACACAAGCUACAAAUAUCCGUGGUUAUGUACUUAACCUUGAUCCUGCUGUGAUGACUCUUCCAUUUGGUGCAAACAUUGAUAUAAGGGACACUGUUCGGUACAAGGAAGUCAUGAAGCAGUUCAAUCUUGGACCUAAUGGUGGAAUCCUGACAUCCUUAAACUUGUUUGCUACAAAGUUUGAUGAGGUUAUUUCAGUCAUUGAGAAGCGAGCUGAUCAGCUUGAUUACGUUCUUGUGGAUACACCUGGUCAAAUUGAGAUAUUCACUUGGUCUGCUUCCGGAGCUAUCAUUACAGAAGCUUUUGCUUCAACAUUUCCAACCGUAAUUGCUUAUGUAGUUGACACACCCCGUUCUUCUAGUCCAACUACUUUCAUGAGCAAUAUGCUAUAUGCUUGUAGCAUUCUCUACAAGACACGGUUGCCUCUCGUGUUGGCAUUCAACAAGACAGAUGUUGCUCAACACCAAUUUGCUUUGGAGUGGAUGGAAGAUUUUGAAGCCUUUCAAGCAGCAGUGAGCUCAGAUCACUCAUAUUCAUCCACUUUAACUCAAAGCCUUUCCCUUGUGCUCGAUGAAUUCUAUAAAAAUUUAAAAUCUGUUGGGGUCUCUGCUGUUUCUGGAGCUGGAAUGGAUGCCUUCUUUAAGGCUGUUGAGGGGAGUGCUGAGGAAUACAUGGAAACCUACAAGGCUGACCUUGAUAAGAGACGGGCAGAGAAGGAACGUUUGGAAGAAGAGCGCCGGAGAGAAAACAUGGAAAAGUUGAGGAAAGAUAUGGAGAAAACCAGAGGAGAAACAGUAGUCUUGAGCACCGGUUUGAAGGACAAAGGAGCCAGUAGAGACAGUAUGAUGGACAAGGAAGAGGAAGAAGAAGAAGACGAUGAUAUUGAGACAUUUAGUGAAGAUGAAGAUGUUAUAGAUGAGGAUGAAGAUGAAGAGAUUGCCAGCUUCUCUUUUUAGUGCAAUUCUUUUUAAGGCAUAAAUUUCUUGAGACAAACUUCAUAUACAACUUUCUUUUCCUAAUUAAUCUCCACUGGAGUUCAUAUGGGUUCUUUAGAAUUGCGUUGCUAAUGUCAUUUAGUCUCUAGGAUCUUUAGCGUCCGACAGGGUAUUUUUCCUCCCUGCUGCUUGUUCCUGUCUAUGUGAAUAUCCUUUAUUCAACUUUAUAUACGUGCAUGUGGUUUGAAUUGGACCGCUGUAAUUAUUCAGUAGUAUAAUCGAACGGUAUUGUGAAGCUUGAUUUAUGCUA